AUUGAUACCCAAAUAUUUGAGAGGGACAUGAUUUGUGUUUGUUUGUGGGACAACAGAAGUCAUUACAAGCAUGAUUUUUCACAUUAAAUUUUGGCAUAAUUUGGGAACACAACUUCUUCAUCUAUAUAAAGGGAACCACUUCCCCUUUAAACGUACAAUUUGGUACCCCAAAAUUUUUGUCCGAGACCAGAUAGAAGAACCCCUUGUUCCCCUUCUCUGAUUUCCCCCUCUCUCUUAAUUACUCUGUUCUUUUUCUCUGCUCUUGAACUCAACAAAUGGGUAUUCUUGAUUAUCUUUCAGAUUAUUUCUCAGUAUCCCCCUCCACUAGAAAGAAACGCAAAACAAUGCAGGUGAAAAUGGACUGUGAUGGCUGUGAAAGAAGAGUUAGGAAUUCGGUUGCACACAUGAAAGGUGUGAAGCAAGUAGAGGUGAAUAGAAAGCAAAGCAAGGUAACUGUAACUGGUUACGUGGACCGAAACAGGGUCUUAAAGAAAGUGCAAAACACGGGAAAGAGAGCAGAGUUUUGGCCCUAUAUUCCUUACAACUUGGUGGCUUAUCCUUAUUUAGCACAGGUUUAUGACAAGAAGGCACCACCAGGUUAUGUUAAAAACACUGUCCAAGCCUUACCUAGCCCAAAUGCACUCGAUGAGAAGCUCACCUCACUCUUCAGUGAUGAAAACCCCAAUGCAUGUUCAAUCAUGUAAAGGGCUUGCAAGUUUAUAAUAUAUAUAUAUAUACAUGGUUCUUGCUGUAUGCAUGGAUCGAUUUUGAGGACUACUGUAAUAACAAGACUUUGAUUGAGGCUACUUUAUACUCCUGUAUGUUUUAAACGACUAGGAACCAAGUUUUGGUGUUGGAAGAAUAGAAGAGGAUUAUUAUGUUUGAUCACCGUUAUUAUACUUCAUCGUUAGCUUGUACA